CUACUGCAUUGCGUCUUUCAAUUUCAGCGUACUUGCUUGGCUUUUGGCAGCGUGGAGCAACGAAAUGUUGGGUGAUUGACCAUUCUCAAGCACUGCACUCAACACAUGAAAUUCUACCAUGCCGCUUGGCAACCUGAUCUGAUGGCUCGCAAAUCACCAAUCAGCCAAUACAUAUGCAACCAAACUCGCUUUCGCUCGCUGUAUGGUGAGUUCGCCAAAGAUCUUCAGUUAUUGAGUAUCAACUUAUGAUGCACGUGUUUCGCCGAGAUAUUCUAUUCUUGCUCGGCUUCAUUUUCCUUCUGUGUAUAUUAGCACAACUACCUUCUUGCGUACUUGCGGGACAGGGAUCGGGUAAAAUUCCAAGGAAGACAUAUCUAACUCCUCCUCCAAGAGAUACCAGACUGAAGUCGCGAUACCCACCGGGCGCAAUUCCCAAGGAAAUUUCAGGACGAUAUCCUUCUCCACCGGGAAGAAGGCGAUCACAAUCCCCACCUCGCGGACCCAAAACGCCACAUCAUUCUCCACCGGGAAGAAGGCCAUCACAAUCUCCACCUCGCGGACCCAAAACGCGGCUACGGCUGUAAACGUAGACACGGAGCCACAAUUCCCCGCCGAGGAACUGACAGCAAGUUGAAGCGUUGCUGAGCGCAAGGAUGAGACAUCAGCAGUUCGAAAUAGGUUGAGCUUAUGUCGUAGGGCACAUUAGGCUGCCUGCCUGGUCGUAUGUUACAA